CUUUUCUGCUCGUCCACACCCAUAAUGGAAGGUUAUCAAGGCACUGCUAUCCGUCAACCUGCUCCCCCAAUGACUUAUAUUUGUGCCGAUUGUGGCGCAGAGAAUCAGUUGAAGCCCAGAGAACCUAUUCGUUGUCAGGACUGUGGACACCGCAUCAUGUAUAAGAAACGAACAAAGAGAAUGGUUCAAUUCGAAGCUCGCUAAUUUGCAAAAAAAAAAGUCAAUGGGUGCGAUCUUCAAUUUGUACAUACAGCAGAAAUCACGUCGCAUUAUUGUUUGCCAAAUGUCAUCCAGUUACAACUACCAAUUCAUUCCAAUACAUUUUACAAGAUUUUCGACGACAUUGACCUUGGUCCACACUUUUUUUUCUUCAUGGCAAAUAUGGUCAUUUUUUUUUAUCCUUGUGAUUUUGUCAAGCUGUAUUUUUGUGUACGGAUAAUAGAGCGUGCA